GAAAGUGGACUUAGAAAACAGGAAAUGCUAUUCAUGCAACAUAUCUGCAGGAAACACACAUCUACCAUUUUGUCAUUGAAGCAGAAGUCUCAUACUGAAAAGAAUAACAUUACAUGUAGUGAAUUGCCAGAAGAUUUAACUCACAGAUCCAGAGUGACUCAACAUGUAUUAACUCUCAAGAGAAAGAAACCCUACUUCAGCAAUCUAUUUGGACAAACCCUCAGUGAUCAGUCACCUUUCAGUCAACAAACACAAAUUUGCAAAAGAAGUAAAUCAUAUGACUGUCAUCAAAUUGGUAAAUUGUUUGUUCAAAGUUCUGGUCUUACAUAUUACAAUGGAACUCACAUCAGAGAGAAACGAUAUGAAUGCUAUCUAUGUGGGAAAGCCUUCAGUCAGAGUUCUGCUCUGAGACAACAUGAGAGAACCCACACUGGAGAGAAACCUUAUGAAUGCCAUCUGUGUGGGAAAGCCUUCACUCAAUGUUCAGCCCUAAGACAGCAUGAGAGAACCCACACUGGAGAGAAACCUUACGAAUGCCAUCUGUGUGGGAAAGCCUUCACUUACUCUUCAGCUCUGAGACAACAUGAGAGAACUCACACUGGAGAGAAACCAUAUGAAUGUCAUCUAUGUGGGAAAGCCUUCACCCAUAAUUCUAGCCUUAGACGACAUGAGAGGACUCACACUGGAGAGAAACCUUAUGAAUGCCAUCUAUGUGGGAAAGCCUUCAACCAUAAUUCUACUCUUAGACAACAUGAAAGGAUUCACACUGGAGAGAAACACUAUGAUUGUCAUCUAUGUGGGAAAGCCUUCACUAAUUGUUCUGCCCUGAGACAGCAUGAGAGAACUCACACUGGAGAGAAACCGUAUGAAUGUCACCUAUGUGGGAAAGCCUUCACCCAUCAUUCUAGCCUUAUAGGACAUGAGAGGAAUCACACUGGUGAAAAACCUUAUGAAUGUCAUCUAUGUGGGAAAGCCUUCACUCAGUGUUCUGCCCUGAGAAAACAUGAGAGAAUUCACACGGGAGAGAAACCUUAUGAAUGCCACCUAUGUGGGAAAGCCUUCACCCAUAAUUCUAGCUUUAGACGACAUAGUAGGACUCACACUGGAGAGAAGCCCUAUGAAUGUCAUCUAUGUGGGAAAGUCUUCACUCAGCGUUUUACACUGAGACAACAUGAGAAAACUCAUGCUAGAGAGAUACUGUAAGAAUAUUGUCUAUGUGGGAAACCUUAGUUUAUUUUUGUAACCUAAGAACAACAUGAGAGAACUCAAACUGGAGAGAAACCCUGUGAGUACUAUAUAUAUGAAAGGCUUUGGUCAAUAUUCUGACCUUAGAUUACAUGAGAGAACUUAUGCUAUCAAUGUUUUGAAUUUGGAAGAGAUUUAAGCCCUUUAUUUAACAUUUAAACCUACUAGAGUACUCACAUAUUGAAGAAGACUGUUUGUAAUCAACCUGGUAGAGCCUUUAGUCAUCCUGACUACUUUAUCAAUUUAAGCCAAUUAAUACAGGAGAGAACCUAUAUAAAUGUCAGCUGUGUAGCAAAGCAUUGGAUAGACAAUGUGAUGAUAUACAUGAGAGAACUCAUAAAUAUAAUGAAAUUGAAUCUUCAACUAAUAGAGCAAGAAGUUUUUAACAGAGGAUGAAGCCCCUUGGGGGAGUGCCAGAUCAUACAUGCUGGAGGUUUUAUUCAUGAAAAAUCACACAGAAUCAUUUAUUCAUACAGCAACACUUAUAGGGCAAGUAAGAAUUCACAUUAUAUAAAACUGUUAUGGGUGUCAUGAAGGCAUGUCUAGAGUGAUAAUUCAUUCCUUGGCAUUAAUAUUCUUAUGCUGAAGAAACAGCAAUCUGAUAGUCAAUUUAGGAACAUCUUCAGCUAGAUUUCACAUCAGGAAAUUCAUAGUGGAAAAUGAAAUACUUUAUAUGGACCCUUUAGCACACAAUUCUGCAAAGAGUCAAGAAUUUUGAACAAGACUUACUAUUGAAAUUAUGUAGGAUAAUGUAGAAUUAUGAAGUGACAUGGGUAUA